AUGUCAGCAUCAUUACAAGUGACGCAGAAGCUGCAGCAGCAUCAGCAGCAGCAUCAGCAGCAGCAGCAGCAUCACUUUGAGAGCAGCUGCUACCUGAGCUCCAAGUCGUCUGUUAAACAGCAGUCGUUCUCCACAUACAAGACCUCCAGCCGUCGCCUGAAGACCACUGUGAAGACAGAGAAGGGGCAGGAGGUGGUUAAACUCAGCCCGCUACCCAAGAGAGCCAAACGCACCUACCUGGCGAUGGACUCAGACAAGGAAGUUAUCGGCUAUGUCAUUCCCGUAUUUAGAGCCAGUCAUGCUGCUGUUCGCAGUCUGAUGGAGGCCCAGGAUGAGGAGGUGACGGAGGAGGGCAUCAACUAUGUGGCCAUGAGGAACCUGUUUGUCAGGGAGGCCAAGGAGGCUGCGACUGUGGACGUUAAAGUGGAGAAGAGAACCAGGACAACGCACAUCAGGGAAUCUGCCGGACGUUUGGAAUUUAACAAGACGAUGGAUGAGUGGUCAACGUUCCGUAAGAAGAUGAACCCAGACAGUCUGACACACCCUCCAGAGUUCAUCGUCAAGCCCCGUGGACAGACUGUGUGGGAGGGCAGCACUGUUAAGCUGCACUGCACUGUGGCUGGAUGGCCUAAACCCAGGAUGGCCUGGUACAAAAACAAUGUGCUCAUUGACGCCAAGGCCCACCCCGAGAAGUACACAGUCGAGAACAAUUACAACAUGCACUCCCUGGAGAUCAAGAACUGUGAUUUCAUCGACACUGCUCAGUAUCACGCCUCUGCCCUCAAUGUGAAAGGGGAAGCUUCCUCUGUGGCUACUAUCGUUGUCAAAAGGUUCCAGGAGGGGGAGGUAGCAGGCCCACUUGAUCCCAAACCACAUGGUUUCUGCGCUGAGCAUGGUGUCACCUUUGAAACAACCAUCAUUGACAAAUUCGAAGUGGCCUUUGGCAGUGAAGGCGAGACAUUGAGUCUGGGUUGCACCGUCAUCGUUUAUCCCACUGUGAAGAAAUACCAGCCUGAUGUUGUGUGGUACAGAAACUCUGUCCCCCUGAAGCCCUCUAAAUGGGUGCACAGCCACUGGUCCGGUGAACGAGCCACCCUCACACUUGUCCACCUCAACAAGGAAGACGAGGGCAUGUACACCCUGCGUGUCAACACCAAAUCUGGCUUUGAUACCUACUCUGCUUAUGUGUUUGUCAGAGAUGCCGAUGUGGAGGUGGAGGGGGUUCCCGUGGCUCCUCUGGAUGUGCGCUGUCAUGAUGCCAACAAGGACUACGUGGUGGUGACCUGGAAGCAGCCAGCGGUGGAGGGCAGCAGCUCCAUCCUGGGAUACUACAUCGACAGGUGUGAGGUGGGCACUCACCACUGGGCUCAGUGUAACGACGCCCCAGUGAAGUACGCACGCUUCCCCGUCACAGGACUGAUGGAGGGCCGUUCUUACGUCUUCAGGGUGCGGGCCAUGAACAAGUCGGGAGUCAGCCGUUCAUCCCGUGUCUCCGAGGCCGUGGUUGCCAUGGAUCCCUCCGACAGAGCCCGCCUCAGAGCCGGCCCCUCAGCUCCCUGGACCGGGAUUAUCAAGUUCACAGAGGAGGAUCCCACUGUGGGAAUCGUCCCCGGAGAACCUUCUGAUGUUGUGGUUACUGAGGCCACCAAGAGCUACGUGGUGCUCGCCUGGAAGCCUCCAGUCCAGAGGGGUCAUGAAGGAGUCAUGUAUUACAUUGAGAAGUGUAUCUCAGGGACAGACACCUGGCAGAGGGUGAACACUGGCAUGCCGGUCAAGUCUCCCCGCUUUGCCCUGUUCGACCUGGCGGAGGGUAAAUCCUACAGCUUCCGCGUCCGCUGCUGCAACUCUGCCGGUGUGGGCGAGACGUCUGUAUCCACAGGAGAGAUCACGGUCGGAGAUAAACUGGACCUGCCCUCAGCUCCGGGCAAUCCAGUGACCUGCAGGAACACCAACACCUCAGUGGUGGUCUUCUGGGGGGCCUGUAAGGAAGUUAAACACCUGGUUGGCUACUACAUCGAAUAUAGCGUGGUGGGCACCGAUGAGUGGAAGCCCUGCAACAACAAACCUGUCAAGCAGACCAGGUUUGUGUGCCACGGCCUGACUACCGGGUCAAACUGCGUGUUCAGGGUCAAAGCAGUCAACGCUGCCGGGUACAGCCACAGCUCCUCUAAUUCUGAUGCCGUGGUUGUGCAGGCUGCCAUCUCCAUCCCUGGAAAGCCCACCGGUGUGACCCUGCUGGAGGCUGUAAAGGACUACAUGAUGCUGGCCUGGACCGAGCCUGCUAGCACUGGAGGAGCUGAUAUCAGGGGAUACUUUGUGGACUACAGGACUGUGAGGGGAGACGUUGUUGGAAAAUGGCAUGAAAUGAACCACAAGGCUUUGACUACUACCUCCUUUAAAGCUGAGAACCUGAAGGAGAACGUCUUCUACCAGUUCCAGGUCCGCGCUAUGAACAUGGCAGGUGUGAGUAAAGGCUCUCUGCCUACUUCAGCUCUGGAGUGCAAGGAAUGGACCAUUACUGUGGCAGGUCCUCCUCUUGGUCUCCAUGUGCUGGAGGUCCGGGACACCUCGGCCGUGGUCCUUUGGGAGCCACCCACAUUUGAUGGCCGCACCCCUGUCAACGGCUACUACUUGGACGUGAAGGAGGCUUCUGCCGGAGAGAAAGGCUGGAAGGCUGCUCACGAAAAGGUCAACAAGAGGAAAUACAUGAAGGUGACGGGGCUGAAGUCGGGUACAUCCUACGCCUUCCGUGUGCGUGCUCAAAAUCUUGCUGGGGUUGGAAAGCCCUCAGCAGCCUUGGGUCCAAUCCUGGCCCAGACUAGCCCUGGCACCAACGAGAUUUAUGUGGACGUUGAUGAUGACGGUGUGAUCUCUAUGAUCUUUGAGUGCUCUGAGAUGAAGGAGGGCUCUGAGUUUGUUUGGUCCAAGAAUUACCAGACUAUUACAGACACCUCUCGCCUGACUAUUACCACUGAAAAUGGCAGGUCCAGAGCUAUCUUCAACAGUCCCUCCCUGGAGGAUCUGGGCAUCUUCUCCUGUGUGGUCACUAACACUGACGGCUUCUCCUCCAGCUACACUCUCACUGAGGAGGGUCUCAUGCGUCUUCUGGACAUCAGCCACGAACACAAGUUCCCUGUUAUUCCCUUCAAGAAUGAAAUGGCCAUGGAGCUGCUCGAGAAGGGUCGCGUGCGUUUCUGGACCCAGUUGGAGAAAUUCACCUCGGCCUGCCAAGUGGAGUAUGUCUUUAAUGAUGUCCUUGUUACCGAGGGAAAGAAAUACACAAUGAACUUCGACAAGUCCACCGGCAUCAUUGAAAUGUUCAUGGACUCUCUGGAGAUCAGCGAUGAGGGAACGUUCACCUUUAACCUGGUUGAUGGCAAGGCGAAGGGCACAACCAGUCUGGUGCUCAUUGGAGAUGAGUUCAGGGAGCUUCAAAAGAAAUCUGAGUUUGAGAGGGCAGAAUGGGUCAGGAAACAAGGUCCUCACUUUGUCGAGUACCUUGGGUUCACUGUUACUCAAGAAUGUAACGUGCUGUUGAAAUGCAAGAUAGGAAAUAUCAGACCAGAGACUGAGAUCACCUGGUUUAAGGACAACAUUGAGAUUGCAGAGGAUGAUGAGGACGCUCAGAAAAUCGAGAGAAAUGACGGCGAUCUGACCUUUAAUAUUGGAAAGUGGGUUAUUAAGCAGGAGAAACCGAAAGUCAAAGGAGGAAAAAAGCCAACUGCAGUGGACGUCCCCCUACCGCCAAGACCCAAAAUCUCCAAGGCGGAUGCAGGUAUUUACCAGGUCAUCCUGAGGGAUGACAGAGGCAAAGAUAAGAGCAUCUUCGAUCUGACGGACGCAGGAUACCAAGCUGUAAUGAACGAGCUGUUCAGGGUUAUUGCCACCUCCUCCUCUGAUAUCAAGGUCGUCAGUACUGAACAUGGCAUCAUCCUCUACUCCAACGUCACAUAUUACAAUGAGGAACUGCGUGUUGGUUGGCUCCACAAAGAUGCUAAGAUUGCCGUCUCAGAGAGAGUUAAGUCUGGAGUCACAGGAGAGCAGCUUUGGCUGAAAAUCAAUGAGCCCACUGAGAAGGACAAAGGCAAAUACGCCAUGGACAUCUUCGAUGGCAAGGACGGAGUAAAGAGAGUCUUUGAUCUGUCUGGCAAGGCAUGGGAAGAGGCAUUUGAAGAAUUCCAAAGGCUCAAGGCAGCAGCAAUCGCAGAGAGAAAUCGCGCUCGUGUUAUUGGAGGUUUGCCAGAUGUGGUUGCGAUCCAAGAGGGCAAGUCCCUGAACCUGACUGGCAAUGUCUGGGGCGAACCCGUACCUGAGGUGAGCUGGACGAAGAACGACAGGGAGCUGGUGUCUGACGAGCGCUACACACUCAAGUUCGAGCACGGCAAGUUUGCCAGCAUCACAAUCGCCGCCGUCACCACGGCUGACUCUGGCAAAUACGCCCUCCUGGUCAAGAACAAGUACGGCAAAGAGGCUGGCGAGUUCACCGUCAGCGUCUACAACCCAGAGGAGGAGGAGAAGGAGGAGAAGAAAGGCUAAAAAAAAUAAAGGAGAAUGCAGUGUGAUGAAAUAAAGCAGAAAAAGAUGAACGACUGGGCCAUCUCCAAAGCAUUUUACCCCGGCACAUGCUGGUGUAGUGAACAGUUUAAAUAAAUGAUUACUACAACUGCUUCCUCCUGCGUCUUUCAUGUGCUGGGCUAAAGAGCUUUGGGCAUUGCUUGUGGCUGAAGAAAACAAUGAAUGUGAUACGGAGAAGUUAAUAGUGUGCUUAGUAGUUACUUGUCAAGCAGUAAAUGUUGAAUCAUUAAUCUUUUGUUUUAGCAAUGAA